AUGGAUGAGCAUCUCUCCCCAUCCUCCUCCUCCAGACCGGCGCUUCUCUCCUUCUCCGAGGCGGCGUCAUGCACGAUUCUCGAGCUACCGUCCUUCGAAGUCCCGGAGCAGUGGCUGCUGGCCGAUGUCAUGGCGGCGGGCGAGAACGAGAACGAUGACGUGGGGGGGACGCCGCGGCCGGCGGGCGGCGUGCACGUGCUCUCCCCAGCAGACUCGGAGCUCUCCAAGCUGCCCCUCCCGAGCCCCUCAGCACCGGCGCCGGCGAAGCGGCGGGGCCGGAAGCCAGGGCCGCGCGCCGCCGCGGGGGCCGCGGCCGCCAGCCACGUGGAGUCCGAGCGGCAGCGCCGCGAGAAGCUGAACCGCCGGUUCUGCGACCUCCGCGCCGCCGUGCCCACCGUGUCGCGCAUGGACAAGGCCUCCCUGCUCGCCGACGCGGCGCGGUACAUCGCCGAGCUCCGCGCCCGCGUGGCGCAGCUCGAGGCCGACGCGAGGCACCACGCGCCCGUGGCGAGGUGGGAGCCGGACAGCGCCGGCGGAGACGCGGCCGCGGCCGUCGGCGGGGAGCUGUACGUGCGGAAGGUGGGGCGUGACGCGGCCGUGGUGCGCGUGACGAGCGGCGCGCGCCACGCGCCGGCGUGGCUGAUGGGCGCGCUCCGGUCGCUGGAGCUGCAGGUGCAGCACGCCUGCGUGAGCCGCGUGCACGGCGUGACCACGCAGGACGUGCUCGUGAAUCUGCCCGCCGGCGCCACCGCGCUGCAGGACCAUGAUGGCCUGCGCGGGGCGCUGCUCCAGAGGCUGGAGGACAGCGGCUAA